AUGGUCCCGUCGCAUGCAGUGCCGAGCCCCGUCCCCGCCUCCCUGCAGAGGAUGUUCCGGGGCGACAACGCCACCCUCAGUCUUUCCUACGUUAAGGACAAGAAGUCGGUGGAAGGCCUUGCAGACUUCCUGCGUGGCGGGGCUGUGCGCAUCGUUAACAUUAUCGAUCCUGCGCACCACACAAUAUUCGUGCAUAUAUUGCAGGAACUCGCGUUAGUCAGUAACAAACUUGAGGUACUGCACAUUGACCUGUGGUCGAACGGCGAUCCCGAGCUCAUUGACUUAAUAACUCGCGUGUUAAUGGCGCACAGCGAAUCCCUGCUCGAGUUGUCGUUGAGGUGCCGCUUCGGCUCCAAGUUCGUGGCGCAGCUGCUGCCGGCCAUCACCGCCCACGUCGAGGUUCUGGACCUUUCGGAGAACAUCCUGUCCGACAGCGUCUUCAUGCAGCCGUUGAUGGAUCUAAUCAAGUGCAGCGACAUCCGCGUGCUGAAGCUCUCCAACUGCUCCAUCCGCAACCAGGUGCUCGACCAGCUCGUCGCAAGGCUCACCACCAACGUCUGCCCGAUCUCGCUGGACGCCAUAGAGGGCAUCGACCUGGCCAGCUGCGAGGAAAUCCCGAAGAACGUGCGGGUCUCGUUGCGCGACCCCCCCUCCAAGACGCGCAAGGACCACAUGGGAUACGCCGAUGUGGGCACCCCGCCGCAGCGCGACUCCAACGUCCAGUUCCUCGACUACGUCAAGAGCACGCUCCUCAUGAACCGCCUAGUCGGCUGCCGGGUGCGCGUCUGGUGGCCCGCCACCUCGGACGAGAAGCGCAGCGCCUUCUCCGGGCGGUUCUGGCCGGCGAAGGUGCUGCGGGUGAACCCCAUCGACAUGAUAUUUGUGGUGGAGUACGACAACCAGGAGGUGGACCGCGUCCCGUGCAGGCUCAUCCAGCCGGAGUCGGCGUUUUUGUAUGGCGGGGGCGUCAACACGAACUUCCUGCGGUCGCUUUUUGGAGUCAACUACUUCAACCAGCUGUCGAAGGAGCUGAACGCGAGGCCCAUACAGCUGCCAAUAAUCGGCACAACGUCCGCUGCGCCGAAGCCGGAUUCUAUUUCGUCGAUGAUCCAGUCGGGAGUGGACCCCCUGACUUCCCUGUGCACUGACGUGGACAAUCCCGUCAGCCUCAGGCACAGCGUGGGACCUUGCGACACCCCCUAUUAUUCCGGCCCGCCGUCGUCGACGUGCUGGCCUCUGCAUAUGGGGUGCCCGGUUGAUUCCGCGUCUAAUUCCGUCACUUAUGGCGGCGGUGCCCCCCCCGGGCCGCUCUUGUCGGGCGACCAGAUUUACCACACGCCCAUCUCCAACCUCAGCAAACAGGGGAGCGAAAAGCGCACGCCACUGCCCAACUCCGACCACUACGGUAUCCAUACCCCGGUCAGCAAGGUAAUGAAGUCGGACAACCACCGCACCCUGGAGGUCAUGUUCCCCUCGGCGGAACAGGCGAGUGCCCCGGCCAAGGUUGUGACGGAGACUCCGGACAAAUUGGAGCGUGUUGCGCCGCCGUCAACACCGGUCGCGGCCACUGGCACCAAGACCCCGGCGGCCUCCAAGAAGACCGCCCAGGUCGAGCCGGGCCUUCUCUCGAGCAAGGAGCACGACUUCAUCACCAAGAUGCUUGAUGAGCUGACCGAGUCCAGCAACCGGCGUAACAGCGACGUCUACUUCCCGAAGGACCUGAGCCACCUGGCCACCGAGUGCGCCGUCAACGUGGAGACCAUCACGGGGCUCGACCUCUCGACCAGCGGCAACGUGCUGCAGGCCGGGGACGUGUGCGAGUUCAGGGACCCGCUGGACUCCGACGGCAGCGACCCCUCCGACUACAUUGGUGUUGUGAAGGAGCUGAACACGAAGGAGCCGUUGUACAAGGUGGUCUGCAUCUACCAGGACGAUGAGGACGUCGUCGAGCUUGACAGCAACGACGUGCGCCGCCUCUCGCUGCUGCCGUGGCAUCUGUGGGUCGCCCUGGUGAUGAUCGUGGAGCGCCACGGGCUGCUCAACAAGAGCCUGAGCGACCGGCAGAACCUGCAGACGACGCUGGCCGACUGCCUGUUCUGCCCCAAGAGGCGCGACCCCGACAAACCCUUCAAGGGCACGCCGCCCAACCCGCUCGAAAUGCAGCUCCAGAGCCUAAGUGAAUACGCGGCUGAGAUAAAUAAGUUCCCCAACACGCACCCCAGGCUCGAGAGGGGGCACAUGAACGGGGAGUGCGACCCCGACAGCCUCGAGGGGCUGCGCUACCAGCUGCGCAAGCAACAGCAGAAGCUGGAUUCGCUGUUCGAUCUGUACGAGAAGGCGCGCCAUGAGCUGGAGCUGGAGCGCGAACUGAACAUAGAUUUGCAGGCGAAAUUGAAUUGUGUAGUUUGUUUUGAGAAGCGCAUCAACUGUCUUUUGAACCCUUGCGGCCACUUCAACUUCUGUAGCGUGUGUGCCGAGAGCUUUGCCGUUUGCCCCAUCUGUCGCCGCAAGAUUGUACGCCGUCAGGUGCUGAGCGUGGACUAG